UGGAUGGGAGGGGGAGAGAAAACACAGUCCUGUGGACAGACGGAGUGAGAGAACACAAGUGAUGAAGAAGGUGAACUGUCCGAUGUGAUGUGAGGCUGCAGAUGCAGAGUGAAGAGAGGGGAGGAAAUGCAACGGGAGGGCACACGGGGCGCUGACAGGCAGGGACACAGUGGAGGGAGAAGUUGAGUCUCAGUUACACACAACUUGAGAGAGUGAUUGGCUCAUCAUGCUGCUCUGGAGGAUGGCCAUCAUUGGGCUCUUCUACUGCUGCAUCAGAACAGGUGUCGCACGGUGUCGGAGUAAAGCUCUAUUCCCAGCUGCAAGCAGAGUAAGAAGAGGAGUGGCGAGUGCAGUCAACCCCACCUUCCACAGCUCCUUUGAUGAUGUCAAUCUGUUAUUUGAGAUCCUGCUGGCUGGCAUCCACUUUGAUGACAGUGGAGCGUUUUCAGUGCAAGAUGCUGAGCUGGAUUCCCUCCUCAAGACAAGAAACCUGAAAGUCAUCUGCGAGGAGAUCGUUCCCAGGAAGCUAACAGAUGUAUUCAGGCUCAUCUCGGGCCUUUCGAAACACACUGGUCACCUGCAUCAGGACGAUUUUGAACGCACCCUGCUGACUAUGGUGUACACCGUGCAGGGGAUGGUCAACUCCACUACUGAACAACAACAAGACAUGUGGACCGAGUCUUUUGUUAGUUUGUACAAAGCCAUCAAGCAGGAUUUGACAGGGACAAACUGAGCGGAUACUGGUGCUGCUACACACAGUGGCUCCAUGUUGGAGUUUAAUAUGCACAUAAGAAAAAUAUCCAUUGAGAUCAGAGGGUAGUCCUGGUUUGUGCGUUGAGGAAACGUUGCAUCCUUAAUCCUGACAGGCUGUAAGGAGCCUGAGAGAAAAGUCCUGUCAAUAACUGUUGCCACAGGUAAAGUGCAUGGACUGAUUAUGACACACAUAUUUACUGUCACAGCAAAAUUAAUUCAAACAUGAGGUACUGUGUACACAUUAAACUAUACGUUGGAUUUAAAUGCGGCAAAAAACAUCAUAGAUCUGCUUACAUUCACGUCUUUUCAGUGUUGGUUGUCUGACUG